UAUCGGCCUUGAUAAAACAGAUCGACAAAGUGGACGAACGUUUGAAGAAAUUGGGAAUGAAAAUCGAGUAUCGCAGCUUGCUUCGUCAUAUAACCAUCGUCGGAUCAUUCUGGUUACUAAAUGCGGUCGUAGCAUCUGCAAUAUUCAUAAGGAUUUUAAUACAAAACUCUUUAGCGCCUUUGGAAGCAUUUAUUACCUUUGCUUACUAUUAUAUAACGAACGCCCAGUCAGUCGUAUUAUACGACUACAACACAGCGAUUUAGUAUGUAAACAAUUAAAAACAGAUACUGUUCAUCAUCUGUACUAUAAUCCUUCAGUUGAUUACAUUCCAUAUUUUCAUUACAUAUUGGCUUUAAAAUAUUUCAGAAUAAUUCCUUUCCUAUUUUUCAAAGUUUUACUGUUAUUACAGUUGGCUAGGAUCGCGAUUUAAGAUGAUAAACGAGCUUCUCGAAACGUUCCUCUUGGAGAAAUACAAAGUAAAAGCAGAGGAAUCCAAUACGGAGACCAUCUUCGAACCCAGUCAUAAUUUUCGAAAUAGAUUUGAAUUGAACAAUUGGCUGUCCGAAGGAUCUUUAAAUGUUUCAGAAGUAUCUACGACGGGCAGCGUUUCGAAUGUAAAACAAAAGAUCUUAAAAGAAAAAGUUCAUAUACUUCGACAAAUUAGGUUCCUGCAUCUGCAAGUGUGCAAAGUAUCGAAGAUGGUGAACGAUAUAUUCAACGCCCAAAUAUUAAUACACACGAUAACGACACUGCUACAUUGUACUAUAUGUGUCUACAGUUUGUACAUGAAUUUUCACAGACAGUCUAAUUUUGUAAUAGAUCAAUUGGAUCUGACAUUGAUAUAUAUGUUGGACAGCGUGGUUGGUACCUUGAAGAUCGCUUUAAUGAGCUACGACUGCGAAUAUACAAUGGGACAGGUAAAAAAUAUAUAUUUAAUUCUUCAACUCUGCAGCAUUAGUCAUUUUUCAUCAAAUCAUAUUUUCUUAAAUUAUGAAUAA